UUCAGUUCCGCCGAGGAGAUUCUCAGUAACGUGGGCGCAGGGGAUGGAGACGAAUACUCGUAGCAGGAUCAUCGUCUUCGUCCCUUUGUUGCUGUGUGUGUUGCUCCUGGAGACCUUUCAGCCUCCUACCGCAACUGCUGUGUCCACCCAGCAGCGUCGAAACAAUGCAACCGACUGGUCCUCGCUCCUCGCCUUCAGAUCCCUGAUAUCUGAUGAUCCACUAGGGUCUCUGGCCUCAUGGAAUGACUCUCUCCAUUUUUGCCGGUGGGGAGGUGUUACGUGCGGUCGUCGUCACCCGGAAAGGGUCACGGCCAUCGAACUCGAGUCUCUCGGCCUGGUUGGUCUCCUAUCACCUUUCCUUGCCAACCUCACCUUCCUCCGGAGAAUCAGCCUUUCAAACAACCGGUUCAAGGGACACAUCCCGGAAGAUUUUGGUCGCUUGCGCCGGCUCCGAUAUCUCAACCUGACCCUCAACUCCCUCGGAGGAGUGAUUCCAUCCGCUCUGGGCCGGUGCUCCCAUCUCAGAGUCAUCAGUUUGAGAGGCAAUGCACUGCAAGGUGACAUUCCAUCCGCUCUGGGCCGGUGCUCCCAUCUCAGAGUCAUCGGUUUGAGGGACAAUGCACUGCAAGGUGGAAUCCCUGCGGAGCUCGGCAAUCUUCCGAGGCUUACUGUGCUGCAAUUGGGCUUCAACAAUCUCACAGGGGACAUCCCGCCUUCUUUUGGAAACCUUCCCCUCCUGGCCAUUCUAGAUCUCUCUCAAAACAGCCUUACUGGAGUCAUCCCACCUUCACUCGGCAACCUAUCCAACCUGGUCUAUCUUGCUAUGUAUAAUAACAAUCUAUCCGGAGUCAUCCCACCUUCACUCGGCAACCUAUCCAACCUGGUCUAUCUUGCUAUGUAUAAUAACAAUCUAUCCGGAGUCAUCCCACCUUCUUUGGGGAGCCUCCCCUUGCUGAAUAGCCUUGAUCUCUCGUAUAACAGACUCACGGGAGCCAUCCCACCUUCUCUUGGGAACCUAUCCUUUCUGGAUUAUCUUGCUCUUGAUAGUAAUGUUCUUUAUGGAGUCAUCCCACCUUCACUCAGCAACCUCUCCAAUCUGGUCCAUCUUCUUGUGUAUAAUAACAGUCUAUCUGGAGUCAUACCAACUUCUUUUGGGAGCCUCCCCUUCCUGAUUAGCCUUGAUCUCUCGUACAAUAGCUUCACGGGUGCCAUCCCACCUUCUCUUGGGAACCUCUCCUAUCUGCAGGUCCUGGAAAUAUCCAGUAAUAAUCUCCAUGGAGGCAUCCCAUCUUCGUUGGGGAAACUGUCCUCUCUCGCUCUAUUUCACUGCGUCGAGAACCAUCUUUCGGGCGAGAUUCCAGCUUCAUUGGGACAACUCUCUUCUCUUAUACAUCUUGAUGUUGGGCUCAACGAGUUGUCUGGUUCCAUACCUUCCUCCCUCUACAAUCUCUCGGCCCUCGUCGACUUGGGCAUCGAAUUUAAUCAGCUCACGGGCACUCUUCCAUCAGACAUUGGCAAUGCUCUUCCCAACCUUCAAAAAUUUUUGGUGUCCCAAAAUCAACUCACUGGACCGAUACCUGCGUCGCUGGCCAAUGCUUCUGCACUCCAAGACAUCGAAUUUGAUUUUAAUAGCUUCACCGGCACGAUUCCUUCGAGCCUAGGAAAACUGCAGAGCCUUUAUUGGCUUGAUGUCGCCGCCAAUCAACUAGAAGCGAAGGAUAUCACUGGCUGGAGUUUCAUGAUGGCUUUAACCAACUGCACGAAUUUGCAAUUACUACAUGUACGACUCAAUAUGCUUGGAGGCAGGAUGCCCACUUCAAUCGCCAAUCUUUCCACGAGGCUCGAAUCUUUGGCGCUCGAUAAUAACCAGAUAUCCGGAGUAAUACCUGACGGGAUCGGGAAGUUGAUCAACCUAAAUUACCUUGAUAUGGGUACCAACCUUCUCCAAGGCAGUCUUCUUCCAGAAAUUGGGAAGCUCUGGAGAUUGCAAUACUUGAAUUUGGGAGAAAACAUGAUUUCCGGAGAAAUUCCGUGCACAUUUGGUAACCUCACCAAAAUAGACAGACUGUAUCUCCAACAAAAUGACUUGGAAGGGAACAUUCCAUCGGUCUUUGGCAACUUCCAAAAUCUAGAGUUGUGGAACCUCUCAUCCAACAAGCUCACUGGUGCCAUACCAAAAGAAGUUAUGGGCCUUUCUUCACUCUCCAUCUUCCUAGACUUGUCCCAUAAUCUGUUGAACGGGUCCAUACACUCAGAAGUUGGUAAUCUGAAAAAUAUCGGAAAGCUCGAUCUCUCUCACAACAAAUUAUCUGGCCAGCUACCUGGCGCCAUUGGUGAAUGCCAGAUCUUGACAAGCCUCCAUAUGGAAUUCAACUUGCUUGAAGGAGAAAUUCCUUCCUCUUUUAGCAACUUAAAAGGGCUUCAGGAGCUAGAUCUUUCACACAACUUAUUAUCUGGUCAGUAUGGCAUCGGCAACCAAGCAUCUACAGCUGGGGACGUGUACAGCUAUGGAAUUCUUCUGCUCGAAAUAUUUAUAGGAAAGAGGCCUACCGAUGACAAAUUUAAAGAUGGCCUAAACCUUCAUAAAUAUGUUCAAAUGGCCUUUCCAGAACAAGUUAUGGACAUCAUAGACCCCAGAUCGUUCUCAGCAGAGGAACAUGAGGAGUGUAUAGUUUCAGUAAUCAAAUAUGGCCUCCUGUGCUCAAAGGAAUCACCAGAGGAGCGAUUGGAGAUGACAGAGGUUGCCAAGGAAAUGGUGGCAAUAAGGGAUAAGUUUCUCAAAGGACUGAAUCCAUGA